AGGAUGCAUAUGCAAGCUCAUAGAAUUUUGUGAAAGUUCUAUUUUCUUCUUCUCUCACAUUCAGGGAAAAUGAUUUAUUUUUCGCAUAAUUUGCCGCAUAUAGAUAUAUGAAAUCAGAUCUCCGGCAUUGACUCGAUAAAUCUACAGUAACAAUAUUCGCAUGAAUUUCUCCGAUUUUCUGCUUCAGCUUCGGUUUUGGUCGCAUGGAAGUUCCUAUUCACCGCGAGCAAAAAACGGAGGUUUCAACUAGAAUCAGCCAAUAUUGUUUAUGCUGUGUUGCCUUCUUUUCCACACACAUGGUCGACAAACUUUUGCAAUUUUUACUUUAAUUAAAUCCUUUUAAUUAUCUGUAAUUACUAUCUUGACUAGCAUCAGCUUUGUCAGUCACCGGUUGCUUUCAGAGGUUUGUCCCCGAAAAUAGACCUUAAAAUUGCCAUCUCUCUGAAAACAGAAGAUGACUGGAUAAAGUGUGCUCUUCAACGGAAAAUUGAUCACUCCUGAAACAGUUUCACGCUGCUAUUUUGUUUGCCAAAUACUUUUGUUGAACCCUUUUGCUCAACAAGGAUUUUUCUCAGUUCUAACUGAGAGGUCUAAAGCAACUAAAUGGAGGUUGGAGAAACAGAGAGAAACAAGCUUCAAGGGCAGGUUCCUUGGGUCCCCACCACCCCUUUGAUGCCCAUUCUUCCAAAACCAGGGCCGAUCUGGACUCCUAUGGAGGGAAACCACCUAUACUCUCAUUCCAAUGGGUUAACAGCAUGUUUUGAACCCUCCUGUUGCGCAGAGAUAAACAACUGGUCUCACCCCCGGUCAGAACCUGUGGUUUUAGCCUAUGGCAAUGCCAAAACUCGAGUACCAAUAUCCUUUGAUGAAAUUCCCAGUUCAAGUAACGGCAUUGCUGAACUUUUAACUCAGGGAGAUGCUCCAUCCGCAUAUUCAAAUGCAACACAUGCUGGGUUUUUUAACCAAUUUGCUCAUGCGUUUAAUGCACAGUUCAACCCCCACCCGACCUAUGCAUUACUUAGCCAUCAAUAUCAUCUCUCUCGUGAGGAACCUUUUGUCAACACUGUCCAUGAUCAGUUCCAAGAUCUUCAGGCAGGCACGUCAUACUUUUCUUACUGUAGCAAGGCAUUUCCCCAAAUUGCCCCACAUUUAGAUAAUGCCAUUGCAGCAGAAACCAGACAAGAUGCAAUGACACAGAUGACUAUAGAAGAAAGGAACCGAGAGGGAGAAGAGAAAAAUGUCCCAGCAGCAAAGUGCAAUAAUCCACACAGCAAACUCUAUGACCCUGUUACAGAAAUUGCUGCUGUAUCUACACCACACAAGGAGAAUCACAACCACAAGGAAAUAAGCCAUGAUUUUGAUCUGAAUAAAACACCUCAACCAAAACCAAGAAGAAGAAAGCACCGCCCCAAGGUCAUAAAAGAAGGCAAAUCCAAAAGAACUAGCAAGCAAGUCAAUGCAGAGGUUCUGUCAAAAGAAAAGCUAACUGACAAGAGAAAGGCAAGGAGGAAAGGAUUGAACACAACUUCUACUCCUCAAACAGAAAUGACAGGAGAAUGGACAAAACCAUUGAUGCCUGAAUCUGCCAAAAAGACAUGUAGAAGGUCUUUGAAUUUUGACAUUGGAGAACCAAGAGAUGACAAUUCUGCAUAUGGAGAAACUAUGCACUUUGGCAGAGACACCAGUGUGGUGAUUGAAGAAACACGGGCUUGGAUGAUUGCCCACAAUGGACAUGAAAAGAGUGCAAAAACACUAUCAAAAUCAGUAGCACAAUCAAGUCCAAAUGACUUGAACAGCACAGGGUCAGGAUUACAUAUAGUUGGUUCCAAAAGAAAACAAUCUGGUAUUGAACAGGUAGAUAAUAGCAGCAUUAACCAGAUUGGAGCACAAUACAAUGCUGUGCAGGCAUACUGCCAAAAGUAUUCGGUUCAAUUUCCAAAUGUUCAGAAGAAAAGGAGAAGUGAAAAGGGGAGAAUUUCAAAGGCAUCCCAUAAAUCUUCCAUGACUGCCACAAAAGAUGUACGACUGGCAACAUGCCCACAAGAAGAUGCUAGAUCACAUUCUUAUGCAUCAAGUCUCAACUGCUGGGCUUCUUCUGAAUAUAAUGCAGCUGGGGUCUCUGUAAUUACAGAUACAGAAAGAGCUAUUCAUGAUAAACCUCAAUCAUUAGAGUACAACUUAUCUUUAGGGCAGAGGAGGCCAACCAAAAGAAGAUCAAGAGUCCCUACUAGAAUUCAUGAUUGUUCUUUACUGACCAUAACCAGAAACUCUGAUACCAAACUAGCACUUACUGCAAAAGAAACAUGCAGUUCUGACAGACAAACAUCUGGGGAUGCAAAAAGACCACAGACAUGCAUUGAUGCUUUAGUUGCAGAGAUGCGAGGAUCACUCACAAAAAAGAAACGAACUAGGAAGAGAAGUAUUCCUGUCAAUUCAAAAUAUUCCUGCACAAAUGAAAUGCAACAGCACCAUAAAGUUGUGUUGGAAAAUCAUAGCAUAUCACACUCACACAACGCAUUAGGUGUUGCUUGUGAAGACAUAUGGAAAAACAUACAUACUGUGGACACUUUAACCGAGCAAUUUGAACGUCUAAACAUAUACAGAGAAGCCAGAGAGAUUGUGUUGCAUGGGCAAAAUAUGCUUGUCCCUUAUAACCAGCAAAAUCAGAAGAACAAGCGUCUUGUCCAUGAAUACGGCACCAUCAUUCCGUUCGAGGGCCCAUUUGAUCCCAUAAGAAAACAGCGCCCACGACCUAAAGUUGACCUUGAUGAGGAGACUAAUAGAGUGUGGAAGCUUCUAAUGUUGGAUAUAAACAGUCAUGGGAUCAAUGGAACAGAUGAAGACAAGGCCAAAUGGUGGGAAGAUGAACGAAAUGUGUUCCGUGGACGAGCAGAAUCAUUUAUUGCACGGAUGCAUCUUGUACAAGGAGACAGACGCUUUUCUCCAUGGAAAGGAUCAGUUGUGGAUUCUGUUAUUGGAGUUUUCCUCACUCAAAAUGUCUCGGACCAUCUUUCCAGUUCUGCAUUCAUGUCCCUGGCUGCUCGAUUUCCUCUAAGGUCAAGUAGUAACUACAAAACAUGCCCCGAGGAAAGCACAAGUUUGGUAAUCAAUGAGCCACAAGUGAUCAUUGUGGAGCCAGAAGAAAAUGAAAAACUGGAUGAGAAAAUAUCGGAUCAAUCUGUUUGUGAAUUGAAUUCUAUGACAAUAGACAUCAUUGAGCAUUCUGAAGAAAGAGAAGUUGUUGACAGGAACAAUUCCUGCAGAACUAAUGGCGGCUUAAUUGGUGUAGCAGAUGAAUCAAACAGCAAAUUGCUGGAAUCAGCUCAAAGACAUAACAGUGAACAUAGUCCAGUGGAGAGUGGAGCAAUUAGUGCUGUGACUGGGGAAGGGCCAAAAAAUUUAUGUCAUGGGAGUCUUGGGAAAGAGUUAAAUGGCGUAUUUUCAUCCCAAUGCUCUGCCAUUACAUCUCAAAUAUCAGGAGGUUUUUCAAUUGAUCAAAAUCCUGAAAAGAUAGGAUCAUUCUCAGAUAGCAACUCAGAAAUAGAAGACCUGUCUAGCGCUGCCAAGUACAAUAGUUAUUAUAAUAGAAUUUCUUUCAGUGAGCUUUUAGAAAUGGCAAGUUCAACCAUGUUGCAUGAAGUUAACAGUCAAAGAAGCAAAUCAACUGAGAACUUAGGAGAUACAUGUGAUCAGUCUAUAGACAUGAAGCAUGACAACCUGGCAGAAAACUUGGAAAAAUCGGAUGUUACUCAAGGCUCCGCAGAAGCACCCAUCACCAAUGGAUAUACUUUUAAAAUAACCCCAAACUCAGGAGUACUUGAGGUUAACUGUUAUGAUCCUCUCAAAAUAGAAGUCCCAUCAAGUGGCUCCUCAAAGGGUAAAGAUGAGAAUGACAAUAGAUCUAGUUUCCCAACAGAGUCUGACUGCCAGGCUGCAAUUGUCCAUUCUCAAGGACAAACUGAAGAUCCAAUGCAGAAAGCAAGGGGACUAGAUUUUGGUAGGAAUGAAAGCAGUAAGAUAGAUUCUUCCCCUGUAAAAUUAAGGAGCAGGGAGCAUGGAAAAGAGAAAAAGAAUAACUUUGAUUGGGAUAGUUUAAGAAUACAAGCAGAAGCUAAGGCAGGGAAAAGAGAAAAGACAGAGAACACCAUGGACUCCUUGGACUGGGAUGCUGUUAGACGCGCAGAUGUCAGUGAAAUUGCCAAUGCAAUCAAAGAAAGGGGCAUGAACAACAUGCUUGCUGAACGUAUUCAGAGUUUCCUGAAUCUAUUGGUUGACAAGCAUGGGGGCAUCGAUCUUGAGUGGCUGAGAGAUGUUCCACCUGAUCAAGCAAAAGAAUUCUUGCUCAGCAUAAGGGGAUUGGGAUUGAAAAGUGUGGAGUGUGUACGACUCUUAACACUACACCAUCUUGCCUUUCCGGUGGACACAAAUGUUGGACGUAUAGCAGUAAGAUUGGGAUGGGUGCCUCUCCAGCCACUGCCAGAGUCACUACAGUUGCAUCUUCUAGAAUUGUACCCAGUGUUGGAGUCCAUACAAAAAUAUCUCUGGCCCCGGCUCUGCAAGCUAGACCAAAGAACAUUGUAUGAGCUGCAUUACCAGCUGAUUACAUUUGGAAAGGUCUUCUGUACUAAAAGCAAGCCAAAUUGCAAUGCUUGCCCAAUGAGAGGGGAAUGCAGACACUUUGCAAGUGCUUUUGCAAGUGCAAGGCUCGCCCUGCCAGGAUCAGAGCAGAAGAGUAUAGUUAUCACAACUGGAAACAAUGCAACUGAGCAGAACCCAUCACUAGUCAUCAAUCAGCUGCCCUUGCUUCUCCCUGAAAAUAUAAACCAAGCAGAACUUCAACAAACAGAAGUGAUCAGGCAACUAGAAGCAAAAUCUGAAAUCAACAUCAGCCAACCUAUUAUUGAAGAGCCAGCAACUCCAGAGCCAGAAUGCUCCCAAGUAUCCGAAAAUGAUAUAGAGGAUACCUUCAAUGAGGAAUCAUGUGAAAUUCCCACCAUCAAACUAGACAUAGAAGAGUUCACUUUGAACUUACAAAACUAUAUGCAAGAAAACAUGGAACUUCAAGAAGGUGAAAUGUCAAAGGCCUUGGUUGCUCUACAUCCAGGUGCUGCAUGCAUUCCUACACCCAAGCUGAAGAAUGUGAGCCGGUUGCGAACAGAGCAUUAUGUUUAUGAACUCCCUGAUUCACAUCCCCUUCUGAAUGGGUGGAACAAGCGAGAACCUGAUGAUCCAGGCAAAUACCUUCUAGCUAUAUGGACUCCAGGGGAGACAGCAGAUUCUAUACAGCCACCAGAAAGCAAAUGCAGCUCUCAGGAAUGUGGCCGGCUCUGUAAUGAGAAUGAAUGUUUUUCAUGCAACAGUUUCCGUGAAGCAAGUUCACAGAUAGUUCGAGGGACACUCCUGAUACCAUGUCGAACAGCUAUGAGAGGGAGCUUUCCGCUAAAUGGCACCUAUUUUCAAGUCAACGAGGUCUUUGCAGACAAUGACUCAAGUCUUAACCCAAUUAGUGUUCCCCGAAGUUGGAUCUGGAACCUUGAUAGGCGAACAGUGUAUUUUGGAACCUCCAUACCAUCUAUAUUCAAAGGUUUAUCAACACGAGAAAUUCAACAAUGCUUUUGGAGAGGAUAUGUCUGCGUGCGUGGAUUUGACCGGGAAAAGCGAGCACCCCGUCCUCUGUUGGCUAGACUACACUUCCCGGUUAGCAGGUUGCCUAAGAAUAGGGAUAAGACCCAACAAGAGUCCGCAUCGGCAAACUCACAAGGAUUGAAUUUUAAACAAAAUCCAGAACAGCCAGAAUUGCUUUCCAACAUUCGGCAGACCGGAGGAUCCUGAAGGCAAAUAAUUGUCAUUUAAUAUUCAUCCUGUACUCUGUGUAUAAUAACGACAAAGUCAUUGUCAUGCUCAGAUACUGAGCAGUUUUCCCAGACUAGGACUAGGACCAAGACAGUAAAAUGGUAACAAAGUAGCUUUUUAGCUCCAUGAAGAUUGAAGAGGAAUGUGAGCUAGGUGAGAUAUGAGGCUAUUUGCGCAGGAGCUCAGUAUAGAUACACAUACACUCAUCAGUAUUCUUCUAGAUUUUUAUGUCUUUCAAAAGACUAGUUCCGCUUGUAGAAAUUAUCAGAUUUUCAACUCGCGAUUCAGUUUCUUAGUUGCAGAAA